UGAUUCAAGAUACCGUCAACACUUACCAGUGCAAACGACAGCGUUUUCCUGCAAACACCAGACACUUUCCGUCGGCCGAAAAGACUCUCUUUCCCAAAAUCAAGAGAAAAGGAAGAAAGUGUUCUCCUCAAGUUUUCACGGUCACAAUUCAAAAGUUCCAAAGUUAAGAUUUAUCUAAACACAACUUCAAAAUUGUAAAACCGAAAAGCCAAAAGAUUUGCUCCUCCUUAUCCUUUGCGAUCAUGGAAAUAUCUUCGGGACCAAUCGGUUCUUGCUCAAAAGAAAACCAGAAGAUCUACCUUGAAUGGUUUAAUUUCGCUGAUUCAGAUGGUGAUGGUCGUAUCACUGGUAGUGACGCUAUAAAAUUCUUUGGCAUGUCUAAUUUAUCUCGACAGGAUCUUAAGCAGGUGUGGGCGAUUGCAGAUUCUAAGCGACAGGGAUAUCUUGGUUUCAAUGAGUUCAUCAGUGCUAUGCAGUUAGUGUCCCUGGCACAAGCUGGACAUGAAAUCACAAAUGAUCUCUUAAAUAGCAACGCUGACUUUGAAAAUUUGAAGCCUCCGUCUAUGGAAGGUCUGGAUGCCCUGAUCGCAAAGAAAAAGCGCUCUUCAAAAGCAAGUGACCCUGAUAUAAAUGGUAGUCCUCCAAUGGAAACAUCGCCGUCAGUCAAUUGGUUUUCUUCAAAAUCAUCAAAAAAGGUGCCUCUAUCCACUGUUACAUCCAUCAUUGAUGGCUUGAAGAGAUUGUACAUUCAGAAGCUGAAGCCAUUAGAAGUUGCUUAUCGUUUUAAUGAUUUUGUAUCUCCGCUGUUGACAAACAGUGAUUUUGAUGCCAAACCAAUGGUUAUGCUAUUGGGUCAAUAUUCCACUGGAAAAACAACUUUCAUUAAACAUUUACUUAAAAGUGGUUAUCCUGGAGCUCAUAUUGGACCCGAGCCAACUACUGACAGAUUUGUUGUUGUUAUGUCUGGUACUGAUGAAAGGAGUAUACCGGGCAACACUGUGGCAGUCCAAGCAGAUAUGCCCUUUAAUGGACUCACAACUUUUGGAACUGCAUUUUUGUCAAAAUUUGAAUGUUCUCAAAUGCCUCAUCCUUUACUGGAGCAUAUUACAUUUGUGGACACACCUGGAGUUCUAUCAGGGGAAAAACAACGAACACAACGGGCUUAUGAUUUUACUGGUGUAACUUCAUGGUUUGCUGCAAAGUGUGAUCUCAUUCUGCUUCUGUUUGAUCCUCACAAACUUGAUGUCAGUGAUGAGUUUAAGCGUGUGAUUUCAUCUUUACGUGGUCAUGAUGAUAAGAUUCGUGUGGUUCUCAACAAGGCAGACCAAGUUGAUACUCAACAAUUAAUGAGGGUUUAUGGUGCGCUAAUGUGGUCACUUGGGAAAGUUGUAAAUACUCCCGAAGUUGUGCGUGUUUAUAUUGGCUCAUUCAAUGAUAAACCAGUAAAUGAAGCUGCUGUUGGUCCAAUUGGGAAAGAACUUUUUGAGAAAGAACAGGACGAUCUUCUGUCUGAUCUAAAAGAUAUACCAAAGAAGGCUUGUGAUCGCCGAAUCAAUGAAUUUGUGAAACGAGCUAGAGCUGCCAAGAUACAUGCUUACAUUAUUAGUCACCUUAAAAAGGAGAUGCCAGCAAUGAUGGGUAAAGCAAAGGCUCAACAGCGACUUAUUGAUAAUUUGGCAGAUGAGUUUGGAAAGGUCCAAAGGGAGUUCCAUUUGCCUCCAGGUGAUUUCCCAAAUGUUGAGCACUUCAGAGAGGUUUUGAGUGGUUACAGCAUUGACAAGUUUGAAAAGUUAAAGCCUAAAAUGAUACAAGCUGUUGAUGACAUGCUUGGUUAUGACAUCCCAGAGCUCCUGAAGAACUUCAGAAAUCCCUACGACUAAGUAGCAGUUUAUAGAGGAUGAAAUUUAGAUCAAGACUAGAUGGAAGUUGAAUCUCUGUUGCAUCUUGUGGGAGCAUUGCACAGCUUAAAACUUCACCGUUGUUCAUUGAUUUGGGUCAUUCUGGGCCUCGAAUGCAGACUUAUGUAGAAAAUAUAUAAUCGAUUCAGGUGCUUGAUUUACUUGUGCUUGAUUUAAUUGCUCCUAACUUUUUGUAAUUUUCCUAGUUUUUAUUUCAACGGCUUUUUUUU